AUGCUUAUUAAUCCUCUAAAUUACUAUGUUAAUACUAAGCUAAGCUUCGAACCAAUGAUGAUAGCUGCCUAUUCACCCAGGGACGGCAGGCCCGUCUCCGACAUCGCCCUGAGGAGGUUCCGGGUGCAGAGUUUCAGAAGGCGCUCGGUACUAGUAAUAAGACACGCUCGUCGGGAGGACUCCGCGACGUAUGAAUGCCGGGCCCAAGGGGCCGUGGGGCCACCGGCUGUUGCCUCAGCCAAUGUCAGCGUCAUGUCGCCCACCACGUCCGCGCCGGACACCUCAAUGCUGGGAGCGCCGUGCCCGAUGCCGGACCCUUCUUCCUACUGCCUCAACGGAGGCACUUGUUUAUUCUUCGAGCUUGUGCAAGAACAGGCUUGCAAAUGCCCAGAAGGCUUCAACGGUCAACGCUGUGAGAACAAGGACGUGUCGAAUAGGAGCAGUAUGUAUCAUUCCUACACAUGCAAACUGGGCCUCUCGACGUCUUACUACUGUUAG